GUUAUACUUAAUAUUCAGAACACAUGUGUGCGGACAACAAUGUAUGAAACAGACACGAUUUACUAAAUUAAUUAACGAGAAAUUAUGAUUAUAUCAUUAUGAAAGGUAUAAUACUAGCUGGAAUUUAUCUGGUUAUCUGCACAAAUGUUGCCUUGUGUCAAGUUAUACCCGGCCUGUCACCAUCAAAACCAAACCGAAUGUUACAGGCAUGUAUGACUAGAACGGGACCAGUUGUUAACAGUGAACCAGCAUACAACAAUCAACCAGCUAACUCUAUAAAUCAGUGGUGUCAAAUCUACCAGACCACUUUACCAUGCGUAACAAAGUAUUUACCAUCGGCUAGUUCUUCCAAUCCCAACGACUGGUACUUAAGCCUAGUAUAUGACCAAGAAUACGCAAACAAAACCAGUAAUGGUGUUUGUUCUAGACUUAAAAAAUAUGGAAACAGAAUGGGAUGUCUGACAACAGAUAUGAAUCAAGCGGAAAUGUGUGUCAGCAUGCUGACGUCACCCAUAGCAGCACACAUCCACAAGGCGUUCCAACUGAACUCUACAUCGAAUGUUGGAGAUGAGAAUUCACUCAGAGCUUGCUUAAUUCCAGUCACAACUUCCAGAUGUUUUGAACCCUUUUUCAAAACUUGUCGAAGAGGAAUACAAAAACUUCUUUCAAAAUAUUUUAAGAUACUCAGUGGAAAAUGUCUAAAAAUUGCUAGAACAUACCAAAAUGUUACAACCCCGAAACCAUACAAAAAGGGUGAAGUUACAUCUGAGAAACCUUUGGAAGAGAAAGAAGAUACAGAAGACACUUCACAUAAGAUAUCAGGAAACGACAGAACAGAAACUCCAGAUAAUUUACAACAACACGACACAAGAGUGUCAGCCACUGCUCAGUCUGAGGACAAUGAUAAUACCAAGUUACAAUCCAAACAUGUACCUAGACAAACUCCGGAUUCAAUUUCUGGUAAAACACUAUCAACUUCAACAAUAAAUGAAAAACAAAUAAAGUCUACGGGAACAAGAAACAACGAUGUACAACAAAUAAGACCUCCUUUCGAAAGCGUAGUUAAAAUGAGAAUAAUAGAAAGAGUUAUUCAUUCAGAUGUCGAAAUUGAACCAAAUCAAAAUUCAAACCGUUUUAAUAUCGUUCCAGGUAGACAUGCAAUUAAUGUAAACGAACCUCUUGUUAUAACUAAGCACAGACUUGACGAUCAUGGACGGACGACAAAAUUUCCAAAGCAAAUAGUUAAUGAAAAUCCUUCUACGGACGAAAUUAUUGAUAUGCCAGAAGUCGACGAAGAUGAGCUUUCUACUAAUUCCACUAACCAAUUGGAAGAUGAUAUAAAUUUCCAGAAAAUUGUUCAUACAACACCUGAAACAUUAACACCCGACAAAAGGGAUGACAGUUUCUUUCAACCAAGACCUGCCAAGCAGAUGGAUACGACCACUGUUACGUUAGAAAAAGUGACUGAAGACAUUUAUAUAGAGGACAGUAAAAUUUUAUCGGCAAUGAAACCACUGUCCGAGAAAGAAAUAGAUCGUCCAGAUCAAGAUAAAGAAGUACAGAGUAUUCUGACAACUUUUGGUAACCACACAGAAAGCAGUGAAAGUGAAGAUGACAGUGUGAUCAGUGAGUCUGCAAGAAGUGAAAGUGAAGAUGACAGUGAGAUCAGUGAAUCUGAAAGAAGUACUAAAGCUCAGUCUAUACCUUCUUCUACUCUUAAAAUGGAUUUAUCAAAUCAAGAAAAGACUAGAACUACUACAGAAACAUUGAAAUCUCAAAAGGGUUCACAAAAAGUCGGAUCAGGAGGACCAACACUUGGAUAUAGUUAUAUUGUUUUAGUUACACUGACUGUUAUAUCCGUUUCAAUCAAAACCCUGUAGCUAAAAUUGUUUUUUUUUCUAUGAUAUUUUUCAGUGUAUUGUUCUUUGUGAUUAUAUUUUUACCGCCUCGUCA